AGCCCAUCUUCUACGUGCAAAAACAGCGUGCGGAGGACGGCCACAUCUCCGAUUGAAAACAAGUGGAUCUCUGUGGAUAAGAUCACCGGGCAGCCAUGGAAGAACUUACGGCUUUUGUAUCCAAAUCUUUUGACCAGAAAAGCAAAGAGAGCAGCAGCGGCAGUGGCAGCGGCAACAAGAAGGAGACGAUCACGUACAGGGAAGUUUUGGAGAGUGGGUUGGCUCGCUCUAGGGAGCUUGGAAACUCUGAUUCUAACCUGCAGGACAUGACCGAGAGCAGCAACCAUUGCCCGGUGCAUCUUUUCAAAGACCACGUAGAGAGCGACAAGGACAAACUGAAGGAGUUCAACACGGGCAGGACAGCGGAAGGGAUCUACGAAUGCAAAGAGAAGAGGGAAGAUGUGAAGUCAGAAGAUGAAGACGGACAGACCAAGCUUAAACAAAGGAGAAGCAGAACCAAUUUCACACUAGAGCAGCUGAACGAGCUGGAAAGACUUUUUGAUGAGACUCACUAUCCGGAUGCCUUCAUGAGGGAGGAACUAAGCCAGAGGCUGGGACUAUCUGAAGCUAGGGUUCAGGUCUGGUUCCAGAACAGGAGAGCAAAGUGCCGAAAGCAGGAAAACCAGAUGCACAAAGGUGUGAUCCUGGGAACCGCCAGCCAUUUAGACGCCUGCAGAGUAGCCCCCUACGUGAAUAUGGGAGCCCUGAGGAUGCCUUUCCAACAGGUCCAGGCGCAGCUGCAGCUGGAGGGCGUGGCCCACGCGCACCCGCACCUGCACCCGCACCUGGCGGCCCACGCUCCCUACCUGAUGUUCCCGCCGCCGCCCUUCGGGCUGCCCAUCGCCUCCCUGGCCGAGUCCGCCUCCGCCGCCGCCGUGGUGGCCGCCGCCGCCAAGAGCAACAGCAAGAACUCCAGCAUCGCCGACCUGCGGCUGAAGGCCCGCAAGCACGCCGAGGCCCUGGGGCUCUGACACGCUUCCCCCGAGCCCCCCAUCACACCCCGCCCCGGGUGCCCGCGGCGGGCGGGCGUGUGACCCGCACGGACCGCCGCUCUGCUCCCCCGCUCCUCCUCAUCCUCCUCCUCCCCGGCUGCAGGGCGAGCAGCGAGCGCUCCGGCCGCCCUGCCGCCUUAUCUCUUUUUUAUUUUAUUAUAUAUAUAUAUAUAUUUUUUUUUUUGUUUUGUUUUUACUCCUUUCCCCUUCCCCGAGGUCUGCGAGCGCCGCUCCGCUCGCCCGGCCCCAGGGACUCGGCGGCCGAGGGGUGGGGACGCAACACACGCGAGCAGCGAGCGCUCACCCGCCAGCCAGAGACUCCUCGGAGCACAAAGUAGGUGGGAGGAGAGAGAAAAGAGAGUUAAAAAAAAACACACACAAAAAGAGAGAAAGGAAAAAAAAAAAAAAAAAAAAAAGAAACCAUCUCUAAAUUAUGUUAAUCUGUGAACAUUGGGGACACUUCGGAUUUUUGACCCUGGCAAAAGUGAUCGCUCCGGCAUAACGUCAUCUGCUGCUGUCAGUUUUGCUACCUUGUGCAUGUGUCAAACUAAACACGUUUUGAAGAUCAGAAAUAUAUUAGAACAAAACUAAACAAAACAAAUAGUAAUAAUAAUAAAUAAUAAAUCCUUGGGGCUGGUCUCCAUUAAAGAUGACAUUUCUUUGUUGCCAACAGUAUUAUUUCACUGCCAUGAAUCUCUUCCAUCACUGAGGAGCUGCUGCUGCUGCAGAACUGGUUUGAAUUUAAAUGUGGAAUUUCAGAUCUGAGGCAAGGCAGGUUUUUAUUUUCCUUCUUUUCUUUCCUAAAAGAAAAAAAAAAAAAAAAAAGGAGCAGCAAUAACAAAAAGGUGUCUCAAAUGGCUAUGUCCUUUGAAAGGAGAAAAAAAAGAGACUAGAAUUUACUAAUUGUUAGUCAUAAUUUGAAAAAUGGGAACAAUAAGAAAUGCACCUGUUUUGCCAGAAUUACCUGAACUCAAAGAGAAGUAUUGUGCCGUAGAAACAGGUCAAUUUUUCAUUUCUUUCCCCCUCAAAUGCCUAGAUCUUUGAAUCAGAAUCUCACUGUUUCACAGGAUGUAGAAAGAAUGAAUUAUACAACAAAGAUGGACAUACAGUUUUAAGGCGUAAUACUGAUGCAGCAUUAAUUUUAGUGAAAUGCAAUUAAGUGCAGUAAAGUGCAAUACUGUAAAUAUUAUAGAUUAAAAAAAUAGCCGUACUUAUUCCGUUAUUAACCAAUUCUGCAAGAUCCAUAACUUAAAUCCUUUAUGCUCAGACUGGUGCAUUGCAGCUCCUUGCCAAAAUGACAGUCAGAGUCUUCUAGGAAUGGAUAAAGUUAUAUGUAUCACAUGUGGGAAAAGGUAGAUACCAUGAUUUCUAGUCAACUUAAUGUGCCAUAUUUCUGGGAAGCAAGCUGAAAAGUCUGUAUGACACUUUCACAUGAUUUUAAGUAAAAACCAAAACAAUAACAAACCCAAACAAAUUAAAACAACCCAUAGAAGUGUUCUGUAGAAGAGGACAAGUUCAAUAUUUGGCCAUUUUAAUUUUUGCCUGUGAUUCGGACACCAAGUAUUAAGCUAAUGCUUAAGCAAAGUAACACUACAAAUCCAGCAAGGAUGGAGAGCAAGGAAGUCCUUUAAAUUAUAUUACCAAAGUGUCUGGGUUUACUGACCCUCCUCCCCAG